AUGUGUUUCGGGGGUCGUGGAAAGGAAGAUGAGGCCGAGGCGUCCCGGUCGCGCGAGCUGGACAAGCAGAUCCGCGCGGAUGAGAAGCGCCUGUCGAAGGAGGUCAAGCUGUUGCUACUAGGAGCUGGUGAAUCCGGAAAGUCUACAGUUUUGAAGCAGAUGAAGUUGAUCUAUGCACAAGGUUUCAGCAAAAAUGAGAAGCUGGAAUGGAGGCCUAAGAAUAUGGUGCAAAUGAUGGUCGACUACGAAAUGAGAGGAGACGAGCCUCUACCGCUGGAAUAUUUUGAGCCUGCGAAGAAGCUCUGGCAAGAUUCAGGUGUUAGGCAAGCCAUUGAGAAGGGCAAUGAGUUUGCUCUGCACGACAACCUCGAAUACUUCUGCUCGGACCUGGACAGGCUAUGGGACAGGAACUAUGUUCCUAGCGAUCAGGAUUUGCUGCGGUCGAGGCUACGGACGACUGGUAUCACCGAGACUGUUUUCGACCUCGGCCAACUCACCUAUCGCAUGUUUGACGUCGGUGGCCAGCGAUCGGAGCGAAAGAAGUGGAUUCACUGCUUUGAGAACGUCAACUGCUUGCUAUUUUUGGUAGCUAUCUCGGGUUACGAUCAAUGCCUGGUUGAAGACAAAGACGGGAACCAAAUGAACGAGGCCCUGAUGCUCUGGGAGUCGAUCGCCAACUCUCACUGGUUCACCAAGUCGGCCUUGAUUCUGUUCCUCAACAAGAUCGACCUUUUCAAGGAGAAGCUGCCUCGGAGCCCGAUAACGAACCACGGCUUCACUGAUUAUCAUGGUCCCCCGGACGAUGCUAAGCAGGCCAGCAAGUACUUCAUGGACAAGUUUCGCGCGCUGAACCGGAAUCCGGAAAAAGAGAUCUAUGGGCAUUUCACAAACGCGACCGAUACCAAUCUUCUGAAGAUCACCAUGGGUUCCGUACAGGACAUGAUCAUCCAGCGGAACCUCAAACAACUUAUCCUGUAA